AAAUCCGCUUCACUUCCUGACCCGCCAAACGUGAGUUGUUUGAUUGAGAGAAUGCCAUUGUUUGUCGUGUCAGAGUGUCCCUCGUCGUCGUCCAGCGUUCGGCUCCGAUGGCGCAAGCAGUUUUGGCGGCCCUGUCAAAGCGUGUCGCGUUGCAGAGGGAUGGCCGAAUCUCGAGGGAUCGUGGAGGAGCUGCUCGCGCUCUGCAUCCAGCGAAUGACGAUGGAGGAGAAAGCCAUGAACACCGAGCUGGAGUUGAUCGAGGUGGUGAAAAGCUUCGAGAGCGCCAGGAAGCAAUGGCAGCGCGCCGAGACGGACCUCAAGAAGUACAAGGAGCUGCUGGUCAAGUCGGACGUGGCCAAAGCUGCGCUGGAGGUCAAACUCAAGCACGCCCGCAACCAGCUGGACGUGGAGAUGAGGAAACGUUACAAGAUGGAGGGCGAUUAUCAGUACCUGCAGAGGCAAAUGCAGCUCAUGUGCGACAUCCUGGUAAACGACAGCAAAUCCAGCGCCUGUCUCAACGAGGAGCAGAAGUCACUCCUGGCCGCCUUUGAGCACAAAGGCGCCAACAGGACCAGGCAGCGCGCCAGCAAACGCUUGUCGGCCAUCGACGAGUCGUCCUUCUUCUCGCACUCGGACAUCAGCUACGACCGCACGGACGAUGACUUGGACCUGGACGCCUCCGCGCUCAAACCCCUGAGGUCACGGGCCCGAGAGCGGCGGCGUUCGUCCAUGCCGCUGACGGCGCCGGGAAAGCAAGGGCCAGGCGGGGGCGACCUUUCUGCUGAGCUGCUGGAACCCAAAAGCGUGGAGAAGGAGGUGGAGACGGCCGUGCGGGCGAUAGUAAGGGACCCCGGCGCCAGGGCCCUCGUUGACGCGCCACCCAUGCCGGAGCAGCCCGAAGAGGGCUUCGCCGGCGAGGGAGAAGAAGCGCCUGAACCCGGCGGCCAGGCUGGAGUGCAGACGGAAGCGUGUCCCAAGCAUGACUUUCUCUCCAAAACGGUGAUCCGGCCCGAGAUGUGCUUGCCUUGCGGCAAGAGGAUCCGCUUUGGCAGGAUGGCGCUCAAGUGCAGAAGCUGUCGCCUGCUUUCUCAUCCAGAGUGCAAAGCCAAGUGCAUCCAGAUGUGCGCUGCCCCCCGCCCGGCGGCGGCUGAGGCCACGGUCAGGAUGACCUCCGUCCGAGGCCGGUCGGCCGCCGCCCGCGUUCACGUCUCUGCUCCUCAGGUCCCGCUGGAGGCGUUAGCUCCCAGCAAGCCUCCCAGGAUUCCGCCGCUGCUCGUAGAGUGCGUGAAGGAGAUCGAAAGGAGGGGCUUACAGGAGCGAGGCCUCUACAGAGUUCCCGGCGGCGAGCGGCAGGUCAAGGACUUGCGCCAGCGCUUGACGACGGCUACAGCGCCGCCGCCGCGACUGAGCGAGGUGUCGGACAUCCACGUGCUUUGCGGCGUCCUCAAAGACUUCCUGCGCAAGCUGAAGGAGCCGCUGCUCACCUUCAAGCUCCACCGCAACUUCACGGCAGCUUCAGAGAUGAGCGACCAGCAAAAGAGCUCGGGCGCCAUGUUUCGGGCCAUCGCCGAGCUGCCCAAGCCCAACCGGGACACGCUGGCCUUCCUCAUGCUCCAUUUGCACAAGGUGAUGCGGAGUCCUCAGUGCCAGAUGGACCGGAAUAAUUUAGCCCGGGUUUUCGGACCCACCCUGAUGGGACACGCGCUGUCUGACCCGUCGCCGUCGACGAUCGUGCGGGACACAAAUAUUCAGCCCAAGGUCAUCGCUCACUUCUUGUCCUUCCCCGAGGACUACUGGAGGCGUGUCCUCGUCGACCAGGCGGCCGCUUGCCAUAAGCGCUCCAGCCGAGGCGAAGGAGGGGGUACGCCCGCCGCUCGCCCGACCACAUCCGGCCUUGUCGGGGUUUCGGCUCGUUUCUUUGAGCCGCUGACGUCUCCCGAGCUGAACAAGCGCCGCGACGUGCCCGGCGAGACGCCCGCUCGAGGUCGCGCCGGCAACUUGGCAAACAGCGGCAGCGCCGUGCCAGGACGGCGCUUUUUCACGUCACCCAGCUGACCCGCCGUCAUCCAGCGUUACUCACAGUUGUAAGGAAUGAAAAAUAAAUAGAUGAAGAGCU